GCGGAGAUUACUACAAUCUUAUCGAGAAAAAACCCACCCAAACCGGUUCUCGAGAUUUAUUCCCCCCCGCAUUUGCCCGCACCAUCCACACACACUCGCUGAAGCACCGACGAAGAAGCACCAUUCGUGUCGGUCUUUGAAGCAGAUGUCAAACCUGCGACGGCACGGCACAACUGCCGUUGCCGGGAUGACGAGCGUCAACAGUGGCAGCACCACGAUCAAUAACAACAGCAACGGCAGCGAGGGCGGACAGACCUCAGCCUCCACCUCAUCCGGUAUCCCAGCAGCGAGCACUACAAAUGCAGGCUCUACAACUGCAAAGCCAGCGGCAUCGACAACUGCAACUGGCGCAACCUCGACCUCAAUCCCUGUCCACCAUCAUACAGCAGACUCGACCGCGACAGCAAGCGGAUCAGCUGCAGACGACGCGACGACGACUCUGAUCAAAAACAUCCUUGUCCCGACAUCGGCUCUGCAAAAACCACUCGAGUCAACACUUCCCGCGCUAACAUCGUUCACCGAUAUUGAUAAAGAACUUUACGCUUUUGUCGCAUUAAUUCUACGGCAGUUUGUACUCGUGUGGUACGCACGCAUUGCGGGCGAUGAUAUCGCUGAUCGUGCGUUUGUGUACGAGGUCGUUCAUGUCAUUGCGCACGUUACGCGGUCGAUCGAGGAGCGAAUACGAAAAGUUGAGCUUGAGAUGGUUUUACUCGACGAUAUCCCAUUUGUGCUUGACUCGCAUCUGCGAGAUUACAGACUGGCCAGACAAAAGACCGGGACCGCCUACGCUGCGGGAAAAUCAUUCGAAGAGAUGUUUCAUGCGCUGCAACCACACCCCGCACUCGUUCCUCCUGCCCAAUCGGAUGAUACGACUGCGGCAGGGACUCCAGGCCAGCCAAGCGCGGAGGAUGAGAUCGAGCGAAGAUUCUUGUCUGUGUUGUCGAAGGGCAUAUUAUCAGUGCUGCUACCGUCCGAAGACCUAGGCUCGGCCACAGAGCGCACGUUACUCAGAUCAUUACUAGCUGAUGUUGUGCUAUGGAAGGUUGUUGACAAGCUGAGCGAGCCAUUCAUGGUACACGAGAUUAUCUCCAAAGUGAUUGAAAAGAGCCUGAAAAUUGAUCCCAACAGUGAUCUCGAUGGAAGCGAUGAUCCCGACGCGACAUCGAAUUUCGAACAAAAACAGCAACCUCAGACCACAUCCUUGAUAUCCUCUAUCCGUGCAUUUAUAUUAUCGCUCAUGUCAUUCUUCUCCUUUCUCCAAGCCGGCUUAAUAUUCUUCAUCUCUUUUGCCCGAUCAGUCCCCGACGCACCCUCUCGCCCUCCAAACAGCAAACCAAGUCCCAAUUCACCCAGCGCGUCUCUACUCACAAUCGCUCUCUUUCCCACGAUCGCCCGCCUGCUAAACAUCGGCGCUCGCCAACCAUGGCUCAUGUCGACGAUCGAGCUUCUGGCUCUUCCUCUGGUAUCUCUUCCACCGGGCAGUAUAAUCGACAGACUCCUCGCCCAUUUCUUCAAAAAAUACAUUCUCACCUCGCAAUUUGCUUGCUCGACGCUGGCAGUUUCGCGACAGACGUUGUUCCCAAACAACGAUUCAAUGGCCGCACCUAGACCAUACCCCUCCGACGAGGAAAAAACCCAGAUCCUGAACCGGGUCCACAGAAAUAUUCUACGAGUCGUCCCGGCGCGCAUGCGCAAGCAGAUCCUAGGCGAGGACGCCCGUGAAGGUGUUGAGGAGCUUCUUUCCCCGUUUGAAAACAAGUUUGCGAAUAAGCAUCUGCUGUAUUUCUUGUUCGAUAUCGUCAUCAUCAAGCUUCUUCCAGAGAUGGCGGAGAUGACGCCAGAGGAGUUGAAAGAGUGGAGAUUGGGCGAGGAUGAUAGUCGGGUGUAUGUAUAAAAGUAAGGGCGCUACAUAUUUGUUGUAUUAUAGACGGUUUUAUUCAUUCGCCUCAAUUCUGUACGAAGAGGACAUUGAAUAGUAUGUGCAGUAUAUAUAUUGAUUGAUCUUACAUAAAU